AUGCAUAUUUCUAUGCUGGGACAUUUUAUUAUGCUGUUUAUGAUUGCAUCGUUGCCAUUUAAUUUUUUAAAACCGCGUAUCGUUUUUCAACCGGACAGCUUAAAUAAACUCGAACGAGGAAUUACAAAAAGAGUAUAUUGGUAUCUUGCAGAAACAUCAAAGUUUUUCAGAUCUGGAAUAAGUUUUCACGUUUCUUACUACUUCAAUAGUAAAAUUGUCGAAAUAUCUGGACAUAGAAUAACUUCUUGUCUUAAAGCUGGAAGUGGAAAUUACAGUUUUGAGUUGAAAGCUAAGUCCAGUGGAUUUACAGAAAUCUUGUUAAUUUUGAAACCAACUAAUUGUUCAACAUUUGAACUUUUGGAUUUCGAAUAUAUUUAUACCUAUCAUGUCAGCGUUAUUACAGUAGAAUCUGUUUGGGCGAGGGUGUUUAAAAUUGCUCUUGUCAGUAUCAUUACUCUUAAUUAUGUAAAUAUCGGAUGCCAGCUGGAUAUUACAGAAAUUAUCAAAGUAUUAAAACAACCUGCAGGACCUAUAAUUGGAGUCUUUAGUAAGUUUUUAAUGAUGCCACUGAUGUCAUUAGGAAUUGGUUACUUAUUAUUAAAUGAUUGGCACCUUCGUCUUGGACUUUUUGCACUUGGUUGUUCUCCUGGAGGAAAUAUGAAUGUCGUAUGGUCUCAUUUAUUAAAUGGAGAUAUAAAUCUCAGUAUUACUAUGAUGUUUAUCAAUCGAGUUGCAGCUCUAGGUUUGACAUCAUUAUGGUUUUUCAUUCUUGGAAGAGAAUUAUUUUACGAAGGUCAAUUCGUCUUUUCUUACUUUAAAUUACUUGUAUCUCUGGUAUCAUUAAUAUGUCCGUUAGGAAUUGGAUUAUUAAUUCGUCAGUUUAAACCGAACUUAGCGCUAGUGAUAUUAAAAUUAAUCCGGCCUAUUUUAAUAAUAAUGAUCAUGAUAGCUAUCGUUAUUCUUUUAUCGAUUCAUCAAUACUUAUUUUUACAAAUCACUUGGAAAGUCAUAAUAUCAUGCUUCUGUCUUUUUUCAUUCGGAUUUUUAUUCAGUUUUAGUGUUGCUUGGCUUUUUCGCUUGGAGAAACCUCAGAUAUUAGUCAUAGUAGUUGAGACUUCUUUUCAAAAUGGUGGAAUGGCUUUUUUGAUGCUUAAAUUAUCUUUAAUUCAUUCAGAUACAGAAUUAACUGAAAUUCCUGUUGUUGCUCAAUUGACAUUAAAUAUGUAA